UUUGGGCAAAUCGCAGCCUCCAUAGACAGGCUCAUUUCUACAAAUGUAAAAUGAAGGGGAAAGACUAGAUCUUAACCUGUGGCCUGCUCAGAAGUGUUCGUAGAUAUUAGUAAAAAUCUGUAGUUAAAGCUAAAUGAGAGUUCUGUGGGGUGAAAAUAGCCUCAGCCUCAUUUUCUUCACCAGACCAAAGGCCUAUAGCAAAAAGGGAAAUGAAGGCUGACAUCUUCAGAACUAAUUUUACUAUUCCCAGGAUAAAAAAGAUGGUCAGCAUUUUCUAGCAACGCCGGAUUUUUAAACCAGCUUGCCUGAAAGGAUUAGAGAAUCGGGUUGAGUGCUUCGAUGUGAAUAUGCUGCUCCCACCGGCAGCAGCCUAAGGAAAUAGUCACUGGGUCAUUCUUCCAAAAGGUCUGAAAACGUUAGUUACAUGGUACAAGGUUAUUUCGUAAGCCAUUUGGCCUAACCUGGUUCGGGAUAAAGGAGGUUGGGCGCUGACGUCCUGUGAAUUGGCUAUGGUGGGAGGAGAGAGUUUGACACUGAUUUCCAGUAGUCCGGUGUCCGUGUCACAAAGCCACUCCGACACAGCUGACCAUUCAGCGCAAGCAAUGGAGGAGGAUAGCGCCUGCGUAGCAGACCCAAAAGUAGCCGAAGACGCCUGCGCGGUGACUCGAGUGACAGUGGUGACUAGAGAAGUAGCGGCUGCGCACUGAAGAAAGAAGGUGGGGAAGAAGGCUCCCACGCCGAGAAACAGUCUGCGCCUGCGCGGUGGAGGCGACUCAGGGAAGUGGUAGUAGUGGUGGUGGUGGUGGUGGUGGUGGUGGUAGUGACGGCGGUGGCAGCGGUAGCGGCAGCGGCAGCGGCGCGAUGGAGCCGGAGUUGCAGACGAACGAACUAGUGUCAGCUGAGGGCCGAAACAGAAAAGCUGUGCUGUGUCAGCGCUGUGGAUCCCGGGUGCUGCAGCCCGGGGCCGCUCUCUUCUCCCGCAGACAGCUUUUCCUUCCCUCCAUGAGGAAGAAGCCAGCUCUGGCUGAUGACAGCAACCCAGAGGGUGACUUCCUUCAAGAACACUGGCUGGUGGAUGACAUGUUCACCUUUGAGAAUGUGGGCUUCACCAAAGAUGUGGGGAACAUCAAAUUUCUGGUCUGCGCAGAUUGUGAAAUUGGACCCAUCGGCUGGCACUGCCUGGAUGACAAAAAUAGUUUCUAUGUGGCUUUGGAGAGAGUUUCCCAUGAGUGACUAAGGGACCUUCAGCAGCGACUUACCAUGGUGGAAGCAUCUCUCCCAAAAAGUGGUCAUUCUAAUCUGAUAUAACUUUUCUGCUUUCUUCUCUAUACUAAUGUAAAGUUGUGAGUACCAACAUGUCUACUUGAACAUACAGAGGAUUUUACCCUAACUUGCUUCCUUGAAACCUCAAGUGCAUAUGUCUCUCAUAGUUCUCCCUGUAUAAUAACACUUCCUCCUCUUUCCCUCUUUAAUUUGAGGGAUAUGGGAAGCCAAAUGCCUCCCAGAAUUCCUCCACUGCCCUACCUGUGUGUUCAUGUCUCUUAUCCGGGUGCUAUUUUUUUGUUUCUUGCUCUAAAUUGACAUUCAUAUUUUUACUGUUCUUAUUUGUUUGAACUCUUUAUAGCUUUUUAAAUUCUCAUGUGGUUUCUUGUCUAACCCCACACUUAUGAUGUAUGAGUAGAGAGUUAAAUUUUUAGCAUCUUCUUCUGAUAACCACCACAAAGAAAAGGAAUUUGCCAGAUGUGUCCAAGAUUCUCCUUUGAGUAUCAGGGUGGAGAGCACUUAAGGGAGGAGCCAUUACUGACUUGUAGGUGAAAUUUACAGACUUGGCUCAUGUCUAAACAGAUGACUGAUUCCCUUAUUUAUGGGAAGAAUUGUGUCUAAAGAAAGCAUCAUCUGUUGAGAGUAACUGAACUUAAUGGACAGUGGUACAGGCAAGAAUAAUUGAUGAGAUGGGACUUUAUCUUUAACAUUCGCCAUCAUAACAAAUUACAGAAUGCAAAUUUCCAUUGAGUUACCUGUAUUCUUAUUCAUUCUGAGUGGGAUUAUGUUUCCUGACUGCUAGGAAAACUCUUGGCCCUUCUGGUUUGGUGCUGAUACAAGAGGGCAUUAAAUAUGAAUGAGUUGGCA